AUGAACGGGCCGCGUCCCUCGAAUUGGGUGUUUCUCUGUGAUCUCCCAUCUCUGGCGACAGAUACAAAAGUCCGCUUUCUGGGCUGUGUGAGGCAAUAUGAUGUCAACACCGGCAAUCUAGUUCUGGAACACAACUACCCAAGGAGAAGAACAGAGCCUGAAUCUGUCACAGUGGAUGUCAAUGCGGUUCUUCAAGACCUCACCUCGGAUCAGCUUCGAGUAGGCGCCUGGCUGAACGUACUGGGCUACGUCCGAGAUGCAGCUACACCAAACCCGUCAUUUUCUUCGUCUCAGCUUAGCUCACAGCAAUCCAAUGGAGCCACUGAGACUGUCAUCGCACCCGUUAGAGUCACAGCUCGACCGGUGCACAUCGACGCCGUGAUGGUCUUUCCCGCAGGGGCGAUUGCACUGGGAGAGUAUGAGCGCAUUCUUCGCAAUGCCCUGGACCUGGACCAGUGCAUGCGCAUUACUGGAUGA